AUGGCUACAUCAACAUGGUUUCAAAAAACAUUGUCAUUACCCAGGAAAGCACGAGGCUGCCAUCUAGUAACUGAUGAGAUUUUAAAACAAGUGCCGGAAAUAAAGACCUUCAAAAUCGGAAUGGCAAACUUCUUCAUACAACACACAUCCGCAUCGCUUACAAUCAACGAGAACUGUGAUUCCGAUGUGCGUAAAGACAUGGAGAUGAUGCUUAACAAGCUGGUACCUGAAUCAACCAAAUUUAUACACGAUGCAGAGGGUGAUGAUGAUAUGCCAGGACAUGUGAAGUCAUCAUUGUUUGGAGUCAGCUUGAAUAUACCUAUAACGUCAGGAUCGUUGAAUCUUGGAACGUGGCAAGGCAUUUGGCUAUGUGAGCAUAGGAAUUCAGGAGUUCAGCGACACUAUUUCUAUCGAUCUCUUACUUCAAUAUUUUUAACCAUCAUUAGGGAGUAG